AGUUUAUUGUUGAGCUUUCAUUUCAAAAUGGCAGCUUCCACAGAUUUUUACUUGCGGUAUUACGUUGGACACAAGGGAAAGUUCGGCCAUGAGUUUCUUGAAUUUGAGUUCAGGCCUGAAGGAAAACUGAGAUAUGCAAACAACUCCAACUACAAGAACGACACCAUGAUCAGAAAAGAGGCAUUUGUUCACAAAUCUGUGAUGGAGGAACUGAAAAGAAUAAUUGAAGAUUCUGAAGUCAUGCAGGAAGACGACAGUGCUUGGCCAUCUCCUGACAGAGUGGGACGACAGGAACUGGAGAUUGUCAUAGGAGAUGAGCACAUUUCCUUCACAACUUCAAAGAUUGGGUCAUUGCUGGAUGUCAAUCAAAGCAAAGAUCCUGAUGGUCUGAGGACGUUCUACUACCUUGUUCAAGACUUGAAAUGUUUGGUCUUUUCUCUGAUUGGCCUUCACUUUAAGAUUAAGCCAAUUUAAACGUUUUCAUGUUGUGACAUUUUUAUUAUCAUCAUGCCCCUUAGACUUCAGUUACCAUUGUAUUUUCAUAACUUCAUUUCAUUUGAGUUUUUUUGUUUUUUGAAUCAAUCAUGAUAUGGUGUACCUACUGCCUUUGUGUGACACUCUGCAUACUUGUGUACUUAUGUUCCGUGGGAAAAUAAACAUGCUCAUACACA